ACGCGGAAAUGGUAUCCAGCAAAAGGCAGUGUGCGGCCGAAUGCCGUACAAGAAUUAACAAUAAAACCAAAACUACACACCGCUCAGCCGCGCCGAUCUCUUUCUCGCCGCCGCCGCUGCUGCUGGAGACGAACAAAGCCAAAGGUUGAGGCUGACGGAGAGACAGAGAGAGACAGAGAGAAACAGAGAGUUGUAUUUUCUAAGCGGCUUGCUCGCCAUUGCUCAGAGUGACGGUGGUGAGAAAGAGAUGCUGAAGCGGAGGAGGAGAGCAGUGGCGGUGCUGAGGAAGCUGCUAACCUGCGCCAUAUGUUUUAUAGCCUUAUUAGCGCUUCUUUCUGUUCAUCUUCACUUUUUUCCGUCCUCCAAAGUCCCUGGCUUCUCCGAUUCCCACAAGCUUCCUGCGCAACGUGAAUUUAAACACCAGAGGUUGAGCACCGAGAAUAGCUGGACUCAAGAGAUUGUUCCGCUUCAUUUGUCCAAAGCUCCUGUUGCUUCUCGCAAGUUGGGCAGUGCAAACUUGGUUCCGGAUCUGGACAAGCUAUGGAAGCCUCCAUCGAACCGUGACUUUUUACCAUGUGUAGAGCCUAGUUUCAAUUAUACACCUCCUGUGGAGUCACGAGGUUACCUUCUAGUUCAUACAAAUGGGGGACUCAAUCAAAUGCGCGCUGGGAUAUGUGACAUGGUAGCUGUAGCCCGCAUCAUUAAUGCUACCCUUGUAAUUCCAGAACUCGAUAAACAAUCGUUCUGGCAGGACACUAGCAACUUCUCGGAUGUUUUUGAUGAAGAUCAUUUUAUCAAUGCUCUUGCUAACGAUGUAAAAGUGAUAAAAAAACUUCCUAAAGAAUUGGCUACUGCUACGAAGAUAAUUAAGCAUUUUAGAAGCUGGUCAGCUAAGGAUUAUUACGAGCAGGAGAUUGCUACCCUUUGGGAUGAAUAUCAGGUUAUUCGAGCUGCAAAAUCUGAUUCACGAUUAGCAAACAAUAAUCUGCCUUUAGAUAUCCAGAGACUCCGCUGCCGUGCUUGCUACCAAGCCCUUCUUUUUGCACCUAAAAUUGAAGCCUUGGGCAAAUUAUUGGUGGAUCGAAUGAGGUCCCGUGGUCCUUAUAUUGCUCUACAUUUACGAUACGAGAAGGACAUGCUUGCAUUUAGUGGGUGUACACAUGAUUUAUCUCCUGCUGAAGCAGACGAGCUACGGAUGAUUAGAGAAAAUACGUCAUAUUGGAAGGUAAAGGAGAUUGAUCCUUUGGAACAAAGAUCCAAAGGGUUCUGCCCACUAACUCCAAAGGAGGUCGGAAUAUUUCUUAGUGCACUUGGCUACCCGUCCAAAACUCCUAUAUACAUUGCAGCUGGAGAGAUUUAUGGUGGUGAUUCACACAUGUCUGAUCUGCAAGCACGGUAUCCAUUACUGAUGAGCAAGGAGCAGUUAGCAUCUGUUGAGGAGCUCGAACCUUUUGUCAAUCAUGCAUCUCAAAUGGCUGCUCUGGACUACAUUGUGUCUGUUGAGAGUGACGUUUUUGUUCCUUCAUACUCCGGGAAUAUGGCAAGAGCAGUUGAAGGUCACCGACGAUUUCUUGGACAUAGGAAAACAAUAUCUCCUGACAGGAAAGGGCUUGUUCGUUUGUUCGACAAAGUUGAUCACGGAACAAUGAAAGACGGGAAAAAUUUGGCACACCGAAUCAUUGAAAUGCACAAGAGAAGGCAAGGCUCAGCGAGGAAGAGAAAAGGUCCGAUUUCAGGAACCAAGGGCAUGGACAGGUUCCGCUCAGAAGAAGCCUUUUAUGUCAACCCUUUGCCAGAUUGUUUAUGUCAAAGAGAAUUGCCAAAUGGGAAUAUGACUUCCAUUUUCAGAUAGUUCCAUUAAAUAGCAAGAUAAAAUGCCCCUACAGCUCAAUGUAUAUGCAGGCGCCCCACCCUCCACCCCCCAUCGUCGCACCAGCUUUGUACGUCGUUACAGUAAGGCAGCUACAACGGGACGACAAUGGAGUGCUUAUAACCCGAGUUUUGAUAGUUGGCAUCUUAUAGUAAUUAAAUUAGUGCAAUAAUGAAGCAAUUAAAUUUAUUUUUACAAUUCGACAGAUUUUCAAUUGUGCAAAAUAUAUUGGUUAGAAAUCCAGACUCUCGGCAGAGGUAUGAUAUUGUCCACAUUGAGUAUAACCUCUCA